AUGAUGCAAACUGGCACCACACCGGCACCACACCAUCAAUCACCCGUAUGUCCGUCCCAACAGCCUCUUCCACAGCAGCCUUCAGCUUUGUCAUGGGCACAAGCAGGGGGAGAGGAAGAAUGGCUCUACAGUGACAGAUAUGGCCCCGCUCCGACAGGGUCACUACUGCAUCGGAUGGCAUCCUGUGAACCAGCUACACCCAGACAUAUUGCAACUCAGGGCCAAUGCCUGAGUCUAUCUGCCCUAUUUGCUCCAUUUGCUCCAUUUGCUCCAUUUGUUUCAUUUGUUCCAUUUGUUCUGUUUGAUGCCGGCUCGCCUAUUUCCUUGUACACAAAGCCGUCAUCUCUCGAAAUACCUCCUGUUCCCCUCCGAGGAAUUCUUCGUGUACCUACCAUACAGUGA